CAAGUGCUGCAAAGCAUUCAAAUUUAUAACCGUUUCCUCGCGCGCUCACGACACUUGCGCACGGGACACCUCCCAAACCCCCCCUUAGUCAAAAUAGUGUUCCAGCUAUGAUAACUGUGAUAACCUGUGCUGGAGUACUCUUUUAUUACACUAUUUAGCUCGUUAGUGUGCGGUUUUGGAUGGUUCCGCGGAUCUCUGCUCUCAUUGGUGGAAGCAGUGCUACGUGGACAUAAGACAGAAACAGGUAGCCGCGCAUGUGACCGUUAUCGCUUCAUUUUUUUAGGUAAACGGUCGCUGUGGGUUAAAGCUCUGCUCUGAGAGAAGCAUUAAUGAGGGGUUUAUGAAUGCUCUUCAUUAAGUUCGUGUCGUUGACUGUCAGUGACUUUUGCAGCAGUUGAGUACAAUUCAUCUUCAGGGGCCUGCACGGUGGUGUGGGUGAUUUAAGCAUGAAGUCUAAAGGAAAGGGUUCAAAGAGGAGUCAGCACUCAUGGGCUGAGCAGGAGCAUGCUGACCUGCAGCUGGAUGUAGAGCCUGGCUCCAGUGAACAGGAGGGAUCUGAGGCCUCUCUCCCGCUUGGGGCGUCAUGGCGGGCAUCAGGCAUCGAGGGCCGAGCCAGAACAAGGUUGGGCACACGCCGCCGCCGAUGCCAACACAGCAGUGCCAAGGAGCGUAACGUGCGCAGGCUGGAGAGCAAUGAGAGAGAGCGGCAGAGGAUGCACAAACUGAACAACGCUUUUCAGGCCCUGCGGGAGGCCAUUCCGCAUGUCCGAAUGGACAAAAAGCUCUCCAAGAUUGAGACUCUCACACUGGCCAAGAACUACAUCAAAGCCUUGACUACCAUCAUCCUGGGCAUGUCCGGUGCCUGCCUGCCCCACGUGGACACUCAGCAGCACCUGGAGGAUGGGGCCCACAAUGAUCUGUCCAAGUACCUGGACCACAUCCGCAGCUUCAGCCACAGCAGCUAACACCAGCUCUGGCCACUGUAGCAUCCAGACCACUGCAAAGUGUUAGUGAGACUGUACUGUUCACUGUGAAAGAGACACAGUGAUGCUGAUGAGGAACUCUGAGACUGAAGAGUUGGGCUCUGAGAUAGGCGUUGAGGAAGCAAAAGUCCAAUAUUGGUUUGAAAGAUUAUUCUGUGUUAAAUAGUCUUCAAUGCUGAACUGUAUCCAUUCCCAUUGUGCCAUAAUGAGGCAGGCAGAGAUUCCUUAGUUAUAGCAUCAUACAAGGACAAAUUGGAAAAAAAAGAACUGCCCAUUAGAGAGUAUAUAAUGACACAUAUACAGAACUAUAGCCCUUACCUACACUGAUAGGGAAUUACAGUAAUGGAGAAG